GUUUCUUCUACGUUACCGUGACGGCGAGGCGGCGGUUCCUCCGGUAGGCUAUGUGGCGUCUCAGGGAACCGUAGUACCGGACACUUGGUCAACAAGCUGCGUCAACACCUCUUCCGGCACAACCGGAAGCCACUGGCCCUGGGCGAGAUGACGUCACCUUCUGUUGUGCGGUGCUUCGGCGUUCUCCUUCUGCAGAUAACAACACUUAUGAGAUGAUGAAAUAUUGGCAAUUUCUUUGCAUUCGGUCAAAGCCAGUGACAUUGUACAAGGAGUCCAUAGAGGACUCAACAUAUCCGCUCGAGACUCGAACACGCGACGGUUUGACACAACUAAACCCCCCAGACUAGGCGGGACCUGGACCAGGAGCUGGACCAGGAGCUGGACCGGGAGCUGGACCGGGACCGGGACUCAAUCAGUUCCGGACUUCUGGACACGUCCCAUCACGUCAAGGGACGUUAACCGGCACCGCCUUUCAUGCGCAACAGGACCAGAGCAACAGACCGGAACCUUUUGAUUCAGGACCCCUCCUGUGAGACCAGGACCAUGUCAAGACCGGGACUACCGCCGUGCACCAAGCCGUGGUCGGCGCUGUCGGUGGUCUGCUCCGCCGGAGUGGUGGCCGCUGGAGGGGGGGUGUGCGCCCUCAUCUACCCGAUACUCAAAGAGCUGAGGGCGGAGAGAGUGAGCAGGCCGGAUUGGACUGAAGAGAGGGUGCUGGGUCUCUGGAGUAUCCUGGUGCUGUCAGUCUUCGUAGGGUGUGUCUGCUGUUUCUUCUCAUGGACCCUGACCGAGCUGGACUCGUAUCGGCCGGCCGUUGUGUCGGGAUCACCACGGACCCACUUGAGAGAGGUCUCUGACCCUGGUUGCCACAUGGGUUGUGGUGUAGCGGUCCUGAAUGGCAUCAUGGCGAUGCUCACUGUCAUCUGGAGCCUCAUCUGACACACACACUCCCUCAUCCAGGGCUCAGGUGCUCAGGGAUCUGGUGCUGUUGGUGCUGCAGGCUGAAGACCAGAUCCUAAAGACAUCCUGUGUGGACUGAAGCAGCUGAAAAGAGAGAUGUUGUGACAGGAUAUACAUGAUGGACUGUCCACUAUGUAUGCCAUAUCAGUAUGUGUGAGGUAACAUAUAAUAUUUGUUUAGGCUGAUAAACGAUCUGGUGGAGGUCUCAAUGAAUUGGUGUUGGGAGAUCAGUGCCAUUAAAAUGGAAUAUUUAUUUUUGGAAAUAAAGUCAUAAUAAAUAAUA